GUUGAUGGGAUGUGAAACUGGAGUUGUCCACCUUCAACCAUCCUGAACCUUCUGCUGAACUUCCCUUUUCCUUUUGAACGCCAACAACCAAUGUUGGAACAGGAAGAGGUUCAGAUCAGCCUGAGAUCUGUUUGCUGCUUCCAUGCUCACGAUGGGAUGGUAAGUUAACUUUACUGGGGGAUAAGUUGGAGGUAUUAGAUUGCAUCUCUCAAACUCCCCGUUACAAACUCAAUAAGUCCAAGUCUUAGCUUUCAUGUCAGAGGUUCAUUAUUAUCAUCACAAUGAACCUUCCCGCCAACGCUGGAAGAAAAGUCAGUUUUAUUAGUAGAAAGGGCUUCAGGUAUAAUGGCUGUAACCAUGGAGACGGGCUCCAGUGACGUCAUAGGGGCUGGAUGAAAAGGAGAAAGCGUGCCAGGCUCGGGAGCGCGCAUGUGCCUGAGCAGGUAGACACAGAAACCUCCCGCGGGGACGCGCAUAGCUGAGCCCGGUGACGUCAUAAAUGAGCCCACGUGGUCGUGCGUGCGGCUAGAGACCCCCUUAUAGAGAAAGAGAAGAAGAAGAAAAGCCCACAUCUAAUGAACGACCUAAUUAAGCUUGAAACCCCCACUUUCUGGAUCUUUAUUCAGACACGCGCGAGAGCGGGCGCGUUCCCGCGGAGGCGCGCGGACUCCAGCAGCAGAUCCGACUCCUUCUCCUCCCAAACACAGACUAGUUCAGGUUCCAGGCACAGGAAACAAACACAAGUGACAUCUGACCGGUGAAAGUUGCGUUUGGUGUGACAUGAAAAGCGCGUGAGCGCGCGCCGAGGAAGGCGCGUGCCCGCUGUUGUUGAGGGAGAGCAGGUGCUGAAUUACCAUCCAAUACAUCCAUGAUUACCAUACAGCUGGGGGGGGGGGACCCUGCUCACACACACACACCAUGCAGCUGGGGGGGACUGCUCCUCCACACACACACACACACACACACAAUCACUAAAGUUCCCCCUCAAGUUGGCCACGCGAGCGACUCCAGUGCGCGCGCAUGUCCCCCCCCUACACACACACACACACACACACACACACACACACACACACACACACACACACACACACACACACACACACACACACACACACACACACACACACACACACACACACACACACACACACACACACACACACACACACUCCCAGCCCCAGAAUGAGGAGAAGGAGAGCAGGACGGGGAAACAAGAGCGCGGCCCCUCAAGUCGUUUACCUCAUCCUGCAGCGCUGCCAAGGAAUGUUUUCUUUAGUCUUUUCACUCUUUUCAAAGCAUCAAAUUCUUCCCACAGCCAGAAAUACCAAAAUUCAGAGAGUUUGUGCAUGCUGAGAAAAGGGCAGGGGAGGAAGAGAGAAAGAGGGGGAGGGCUUGAAAACAAUUAACUGAGUCAGAGUUUGAUCAAGGAACUUCUUUUUUUUCUCAGUUUGUGAUGAUGGGAGGUUUUUGAAUCAAAUAUCAGUCGCUGAAAACACUUAAGAAGCCCAAACUAAGAGGUCGGUCCAGUCAGUGAGGGAACAGCUGUAUGGAUCAAUGCAGCACAUGCCACGAGGAAACCUGGCAGCUGCGGGUUCAAAAGACUCUGGAAACAACUUCCAGUUGUGUUUCUGCAAACUUCCAUUUUCCUGUUUUCACAGUGCAAAAGUCAACACACCUUUUUACAGUCGACACUGUGACUGAUACAUUAAAUGAAACCAGCUGACAGAUCUUUUCUGGUCCAUAACUAGACCUUGUCCUCAGAACUCCCAGCUUUCUGUUAAAGUGUCUGAUUUCCAACAUGCCCGUUUGAGAGUUUGGCCAUGUCUGAUAUUGUGUGUGGCGCUGCAGCAGGAAUGAGGAGGCUGCUGGGGUGCUUGGAUGGGACCCCAUUGUGAAGAGCCCGUCCAGAUUGGGAAGUGUUGGAGGAGGAGGGGCCCAUUUGCAUGUUAUUACCAUAGCAUGUAGGGGCCAUAUAUAACCGGCUGCAGGCCGCCUCGGCUACAGACAGACGCACAGUGCACAGUGAGGAGAGACAUUAGGGUGAAGCAUGUUGGACCAGUGACAAAUCUGUCCCUGGGUUAGACCUUCAUAUUUAGGAAAGGGAAGAGAGAGGAAAAAAAAAGCCGGAAAUUUGUCACUUUCUUUCAAAGGAGCCACUCGCUGAUCUUCUUUACGCACUGGAUUAAUGCUUUAUGACGGAGCUGGAGGACUUUCUCUACCUUUUUUUUAAUCACCUGCCACAAACUCGCACAAGUUCACGUAUUGUUCUGUGGUUUAAACUUGAAAGGUCUGGGAUUUAUCCGUCUUUGUUCCUCGGGACAUGAAUCACAGCAGCCCAGCAAGCGAGGGCAGCAGUUGAUGAGAAAAACCCUGCGAGGCGACAGAAACGUGCUCAAUGCAUCUCUCCCAGAGGGAUUGAACAGGAGGAGGCACCCUGAGGACAAGCCAAGCCCCGAGACUUUCUUCUAUUUAUUUAUUAUUUAUUAUGUAUUUAUUUAAUAUGGGGCGUGCCAUCCUGGUGACUCUUACCGUCAUGUCCAUGUUGCUGUGCCAGGGGUUUUGUUCUGGAGUUUUUGAGCUGAAGUUGCAGGAGUUUCUGAACAAGAAGGGAGUACAGGGCAACAAAAACUGCUGUACGGGAGGCUUCGCAUCGUCCUACCAGCAGCAGUGUGAAUGUAAAACCUUCUUCCGGAUCUGCCUGAAGCACUACCAGCCCAACGCGUCCCCGGAGCCGCCGUGCACGUACGGGGGCGCCGUGACGCCCGUGCUGGGCUCCAACUCCUUCCAGGUGCCGGACGCCAUCCCGGAGAGUGCGUUCAGCAACCCCAUCAGGAUGAACUUCGGCUUCACGUGGCCGGGGACCUUCUCCCUGAUCAUCGAAGCGUUACACACCGAUUCCAAAGAGGACCUUUCCACAGAGCACCCGGAGCGGGUGAUCAGCACCAUGACCACGCAGAGACACCUGACCGUGGGGGAGGACUGGUCCCAGGACCUGCACACCGUGGGCAGGACGGAGCUCAAGUUCUCCUACCGCUUCGUGUGCGACGAGCACUACUACGGGGACGGAUGCUCGGUGUUCUGCCGGCCGCGGGACGACGCCUUCGGACACUUCACCUGCGGGGAGCGCGGGGAGAUCGUGUGCGACGCCGGCUGGAAGGGCCAGUACUGCACUGAGCCAAUCUGCCUGCCAGGGUGUGACGAGGAGCACGGCUUCUGCGAGAAACCUGGCGAGUGCAAGUGCAGAGUGGGAUUCAAAGGCCGCUACUGCGACGAGUGCAUCCGUUACCCGGGCUGUCUCCACGGGACCUGCCAGCAGCCCUGGCAGUGCAACUGCCAGGAGGGCUGGGGGGGGCUCUUCUGCAACCAAGAUCUCAACUACUGCACUCACCACAAGCCCUGCAUGAAUGGAGCCACUUGUAGCAACACUGGUCAGGGCAGCUACACCUGUUCCUGCCGGCCCGGCUUCUCUGGGGCCAGCUGUGAGAUCAAGGUCAACGAAUGUGCUGGAAGCCCCUGCCGGAACGGAGGGAGCUGCACUGAUUUGGAAAAUACAUAUACGUGCACUUGCCCUCACGGUUUCUAUGGCAACAACUGCGAGCUGAGUGCCAUGACUUGCGCUGAUGGGCCGUGCUCCAACGGCGGCCGCUGUGCUGACAACCCAGACGGAGGUUAUUUCUGCCAGUGCCCCACAGGAUACGCCGGCUUCAACUGCGAGAAGAAGAUCGAUCACUGCACCUCCGGCCCCUGCUCCAACGGCGCGCGCUGCGUGGACCUGGUCAACUCCUACCUGUGCCAGUGUCCCGACGGCUUCACUGGUAUGAACUGUGACCACACCGGGGACGAGUGUUCAGCCUUCCCCUGCCAGAACGGGGGCACGUGCCAAGACGGCCUCAACGGCUACACCUGCACCUGCCCGCCAGGAUACACCGGCCGCAACUGCAGCUCCCCCAUCAGCCGCUGCGAGCACAACCCCUGCCACAACGGCGCCACGUGCCACGAGAGAAACAACCGCUACGUGUGCGCCUGCGGCCCCGGGUACGGGGGCAGGAACUGCCAGUUCCUGCUGCCGGAGCACGCGGCCAUCCGCGGCUCGGAGGUGCCCUGGAUGGCCAUCGGCUCCGGCGUGCCCCUGGUGCUGCUGCUGGUGGCCGGCUGUGCCGUGAUGGUCGGGUUCCUCCGCUCUAAAGCCCAGCAAGGCGGUCCGGUAGAAACCGUUGGUGAGGUAGAGACAAUAAACAACCUGACCAACAACUGUCACCGGAGUGAGCGGGACCUGGCCGUCAGCGUGAUGCCCACACCAGGGGUCAAAAACAUCAAUAAGAAGAUGGACUUCUGCAGCGGUGACCCCGACGAAGGUUCCUCACCAGACAGGAGCAGCUACAAGAGCCGCCAUCCACCUGCAGACUACAACUUCGUACACGAGGUCAACUACGAGCAGGCGGCCAAAGAGGUCAUGCUGGAGGCCGCCUGCGAGGACAUGUGCCAAUCCCUGGACUCGUUUGAGUUCGAGGAGAAACGCAGCAAACGCUUAAAAUGCGAUGCAUCAGAAAAGAAAACCCCAGAACUGUCUGCAUGUGCGGACACCAAGUACAAAUCUGUGUUUGUGAUGUCAGAGGAGAAGGACGAAUGUAUAAUUGCAACAGAGGUGUAACAAGCCACCAACGGGCUGCCCGUUGCUCAUUUGUUCUAUGGGAGAGUUUUUAUGCUCCUUCAGAUGCUGCUCUAACCCUAGGGGGAGGUGUCCCGCCUUGAGACUGCUGCUGAUACUGAGACGUUUAACUGAUAUUCAGAGUGAGCUGGUUCUCUACUGGUAACUAAGUGUAGGCAGCUGCGGCCUGUGGGAUAAGAACUGGCAGGGUAAAAAAAGAAAUAGAUAAAUGAAUAAAAGUUUACGGUUGAAAGUAAACUGCCACUUAGCUUUCUGUUCUGCUCUUCAUCAGAGGGUGGAGGUUGAAACGUGAGAUACGAAUGAACUUUGUCACGCGGGGAAAACGUACGACGCUCCGAGUUUUGUUUUUGCAACAUUUGCACCCGGGCCUUUUCUUUAUUCCACACGCCGUUGCUGAGCGCAGGAACUGCAUCAAACGGUGGAUGUUUGGCCAUACUGGCCUGCUCUUCGCGAGGGUGUUUACGUGGGCCUGCACCCAUCACCACGCCGGUGAAGACUGUAUGUAUACUUGAUCACUGUGUUCACUGAAGUGCGUUUUCUCCCCCAAGCCCUCCAAACCAUUUAUGACGUAGUAUUGUUCUUUCUUUCUCUCGUUUGGGACAUGAAAUCUUUGUCUUAAUUAAUAAUAAAAGUGUUGCUUUUUGAUACAGAUUGUCUUUUUGUAAAAUAAAAUAAAGAAAAAAAACCACAAGAAAAAUGUUAUGAUUUAAAAUUAUGAUUUAAUUUAAGUUAAUUUAAUUAUUUUGUGUUAUUUUUAUUUUGUAAUGUAUAUUUGUGAUGUUUGUUAUGAUUAUUUAAGUCGCUUUUCUUUUCAAUGAUGAUAUUUGCAAAGGCACUUCAUGUCGAUGGGAAUUUUUUUUAAGAAAAUGUUAUUUAAGAGGGGUGUACAAAUUGUUAUGUUACCGUUUCCUUUACAGUUUUUGAAUGAAGGAAUUAGCCAAGACUAUUUUUCCAAAUAAAUAUUUCUAAA